CACGUCCCAGUCCUCUCUGCCUACAGGGGGCGCUACUGACGCAAAUAAGCCUCAUAAAAGGGAAACAUUAUGGACGGGACCUAGGAGUAUAUAUAUAUGUAUAUUUUAUUUUUACUUUUUGGAGGAAAUGUGCUAGUUUCACUUCUAGUUCUGUGACUAAUAUCUCACGAAAGUGGCUCUGCUGUCGCGUUUUUUUGGCUGUUCAUGUACUUCACGCGACACUCCGCCACGAGCCUGAAGUAAAGCAAGGCAGGUCGGUUUGAGUCUUUUUACUCAGGUCUACAUGCUGUUUACGAGGGUUUGCAGCACAAGAAUGUCCACCACUCUCCCCCGCCAUGUUGUCUGGGAGUCAGAGCGCCUAGUGGCCUACCUUCACCCGCGGCCGUGGACGCCCGGCUCCGUGAUCUUGGAGCGCCGCGUGCCCGGAACGAUGGCGGGCAGCAUCUUUCACCUGGAGGAGGCAGAGUAUUUAUCCUGGAUGCUCGGGGCCAAGGCGGUGGCCCAACUGCUGUGCGACAAGCUCCGGGUGCACAGGUGUGCCCUGGUCACCAGACCCCACGUGGACAGAGCCGCUCAGGUGUCCACCCCCAUUACCAUUGUACUAAUUGGAAACCACUUAAUGAUACGUGUCCUCCCGUUGCACGGCCUUGAUGCAGGGUGGCGUCCUCACCAGGCAGGAGAGGAGGAGCACCACACCCACGAUCCAGGGUACUGCACCUCCAAGACGGCGCCUCGGUGGAGCGACGCCCGCCUGAAGGAAAUCCAGGGCAGGAUCCGCGCCAAGCUCCCAAACCCGGACGCACCACCCAACCUGACGUUCCUGGGCGACGAUCUGUCUCACCCUGGUCUCUUCCCGCGCAUCGUCCGGGGCGAGGAGCCGCAUUGGCGGCUGUGGGAGGACGAGGCACAUGUGUCUUUCCUCACCCCGUUCCCCAAUUUGCCCGGCUUCACCGUGCUCGUGCCGCGCCGUCCUCUGUCCUCCGACAUAUUCGGGCUAGGAGAGAGCGACUACGAGGGGCUGGUGCUGGCCGCCCGCAAGGUCUCUCAUCUCCUGGAGAAGGGUUUGGGGGCGUGGGGCGUGGGUCUCAUCUUCGAGGGCUUCGAGAUUGAUUACGCCCACGCCAAGUUGAUCCCGCUGCUGCAGCUGCCGUCUUCCGGGGAAGGAAAUCACAGCACGCCGCCGGCGCCUCACCAGUGCUUCCUCUCGUAUCCCGGUUAUGUCACCUCAGAGGAUGGACCCGCAGCGUCCUUGGAGAGUUUGGAGGAGAUGUAUGCCAAAAUGACCUUAAAGUAGAACUGUUAACAAUGAUGAAAUUGUCAUUAAAAUACAUUCUCACAACA